AUGGCCAGCCUCGCCCGUUCCAUCAAGUCCCCUUACCUGUCGCCCAGGCUGCGACCCUCGAUGCCUGGGCGAACCAUGACCACCAACUCCGACCUUUCCAUCACCUCCUCUCCCAACAGUCCACGAUCUGACGACCUCGGCGACCUGGUAUUGUCCGGACGCAACACCCCGACGUUCCCGCACUCGAGAUCUGCCCUCGGCCGAGAGGGCUACAUUGACGGAGACGAUAUCCGUGCCUACAAUGCCCGUUUUCAAGAUGAUAAUGAUCGAUCGAUCCCUGGCACCCCAUCUGGUUCUUCUACUCCACGCAGUCGCAGCCGUGCUCGACCCAUAGCCAUUGAGCUGCCCCAACUCAAGCGAUUCAGCACUGCUCCCGCGCGCACUCCACCUGAGCCUCUCUCAGCACGAGGUGACCUUCCUGGAGGUUAUUUCCCACUUCACGAAGACCCCAACAGCCGCAUACAUCGCCCACACCCAUUUCAGCAUCACCCAGACACCAGAAUGAGCCGCCUCAUCUCAGAGUCCGGACCAGUCUACGCCGACCGUCCAACCUCACACCCCGCCCAGAACGCCUCUAUGAUUCAAUCAAACACGCCUGUUGCGUCCUACCUGGCCCCCGGCUUCCAUGAUAGCCCCCUGCCUAUGGGGAAGUACUAUCCUUCCAACUAUGAGAACAGAAACGGAAGUCAGACGAACCUGCGUCCUGGUUUGACAGGCACCCUUUCGUCUGACAUCGGGCCUGAUUCUCAUGCAACUCCCCGCUCGACCAAUCAGUCGAUGCAUGAGACGGAACUCCGUCGCAAGUUGCAACAAUACCAGAGAGAUAUGAUUGCUCAAGCCAGCAUGGCUGCCAGUGAGCUCAUUAGCAGCUCGGCCAAGUCCGACCACAAACUUGAUGCCGGUGUCUCGCUGAGCUCUCUUCCUCUUCGGGAGUCGCGGUUCAUUACACCUACUCCGCUCAAGCCCCGAUCUCCUAGACUGGCUCCCCUUGGUAGUCCAGGACCAGUGACACCAAUGGACCUUGAAUCUCUUGGUGGUGAUUACAUGUCCCGCUAAGGGACAGUAUCCUGCUUGGGGCUGUGGUUGGGUGCAUUAACAUUUUCAAAACAUUUUACGCAGGAUUUUCUAGGUUUUUUGGAGAGGAGAGCAAAGGAGCAGACUGUGGAAGAAUUUCGCGGGGGUUCUCAAAUUUGACAUUAUCCCAUUCAUGGCGUUGGUUGGAAGCAAGCCUCAGAUAAUAGCUUGCUAUCAUGGACGGGACGGCAUAUCAGCGUUUUAUUCAAGUUGCAUCCGGUACAAUUAGGUACCACACACGUCUUUUUUUAAAGACAUGAUACCCAUAGAAUACUAAGUUCCUUUGUCCCUUG